AUGCCAGCCCUAUAUGCAGCGCUAGCCCGAAGCGUGGAAACGGCCCCGCAUCAACUCGCCAGUCGUGGCUUGACAGUCAACCAUACUCAGGCCAUCACCCUGGGGGUGAUGGCCGUCUAUGUCGUGGUCAUCGCACUACUAUGGAACCUGCCCUAUGUUCGCUGGUCACUAUGGCCCUUCAAAAUGCUGGUGAUUGCCUUCCAUGAGUUCGGCCAUGCGAUCACUGCCUGCUGCACCGGUGGAAAAGUCAAGUCCAUCUCCCUUGAUCCCCAUGAAGGUGGUGUCACCCAUAUGCAGGGUGGUGUCAGCGCGAUCACCUUGCCAGCUGGUUAUCUCGGCUCCUCGAUCAUCGGCGCGCUUCUGAUCUUCGCUGGGUUCGAUAUUGUGGCUAGCAAGGUUGCCAGUAUUAUCUUGGGUGUUUGCUUCCUGCUUACGCUUUGGUGGGCGCGACGGGACUGGUUGACCAUUCUGACUAUCCUCCUUGCGGUUGGGUUGUUGGUGGCAUGCUGGUUCAUCGCCCAUGGCGAAGCUUUGCGCUGGGUUGUGCUCUUCAUCGGUGUCAUGUCCGCUCUGUACAGCGUCUGGGAUAUCUGUGACGACCUCAUCCUGCGCAAAGUAAACACCUCCGACGCCAGCGUCUUCGCCAAGAAAUACGGUGGUUCCUCCCAGUGCUGGGGUGUCAUCUGGUCCCUCAUCUCCCUCUGCUUCAUGGCUAUUGGUAUCAUCGGUGGUAUCGCAGCCUUCCCUGAGUCAUUCAGCCAGCAACAGUCCGACUCUAAGCAUUUCAUUCCCACUCGCUAA